AAACAGUAGGCGAAGGACACUGGUCCGAGGUCCGAUGCAUAAUGUAAAAUUUUCCCGAGUCAGUUCGUCAUCUGGGUAUUUUUGACAUAUUGCAACGCAUUUGUUUGUGUAUUGCAUACUUCACUUAGGGCAAAUCAGUACGCACUGCUAGUAUAGUAGGAUAAUUCAGAGACGGCUGUUGUUUCAGAUCGGACAUAUUUUGGUAGUGACACCGUCAGCCACCAUGGACGCUGAAUCCCUGCGUGUUUUGGAGCAUCUGACCGAGGUGGAGGAGGCUGCUGAGGAUGUUCUCACAACUAAACAGCAGGUCACAGAAUGUCUAAUCAGUAUUUAAGCACUGUUUGUAAUUCACGGAAGAGAAAUUAAGUUUCACAUUACAAGUGUCUUAGCAUCGAAAGCUAACUAGCCAAAGUGCAGAGCACUAAUCGUUUGUGGUUAAUUGCCCUUAUCUCUAAUCAAAGAACAAAAUUCAGCUUUUAUUUAAAGUUAGAUUGUCCAGUACAGAUUGUCUAAUGCGAAGAAAUUAAUCGUUUUGAUGGCUAAUAGAAGCACCUCGAAAGGAGAAGUUUUCUCCACGUGUUUGCUUAGAUAUUCGCUGUCAGCUUCGAGACCUCAGCUUGUUCAGAUCGUGUGGCUUUGCAGGUGAAUUUGGAACUUUAACACAGUCACGUGUGAUAAAAAAGACGCUGUCUGCGUAUUUCCGGAACUGACAGGUGUUGUGCCGUAGAAUGCAUCCCAUCCACUCAUUAGCUUCUUAAAGUGGAAGAAAAUAAUCUCAUAUAAAAAAAAAACACGAGUAUUGGAUCAUGAAAACAUGUCAAAUGGAGCAGCAAACUUUCGUUCUGUUUGCAAAAUUGCACAUAUAGAGAAGUACUUGGGUAUAUACUGGACAGUAAGCUGUCAAGGUAGAGAACAUUAUAUUGUCGGGACAGCAAAUAUUCCUAAUCAGAGAUCUAUUGUUUUUGGCUUACCUGAAUAGCCUGAAUGAAAUCAUUAAAGGCACACGCUUUUGAAUCCAUCCAAUGGUAAGGAAAACUUGGAUUAUUUCUACUUGUACUUUGUUGUACUUUCAACCGUGCUCCCGGUCUUCCUGUACUGAAACAGAAAAAGGGAAAGUAUCCCUAAUUCAGACAAUGUAAAACUCUGAAAAUAAUUUCCCUUGUCAAUGUUUCAGAUCGUGGACCUGGACUUAAAGAGAAACAGGAACAGAGAGGCCUUAAAUGCUCUAAAAACUGAAAUGUCAAACACAGGUGAGUGAUAUUUGAGGUAGAUCUCAGAGAAGCAGUAUUGUGAUGCAUUUCUGUUGGUAAGAAAAAUCAUACGGACCUUUAAAGACCGGAGUGUGGCCUUGUCAGGUAGUCCUGCCCUCAGUAUUGCCCCAGAGACUUCUAAUGGGGCUGAAGCAACAAAUUCUGAAGCAGCUUAAUGAUCCCAAACCCCACAUUUAAAAUUAUCUGUAUGGACCUGGCUGUUCACAGGACAAUAUGAAGACAAAGAAGGUACAUAUGGACUCUGUUUGUUCUGAUUUGGUAUCAAUAGAGAUUUAAAACCCAAGGAGUCCAUCACGUCAUCUCAGUGUGAAUUCAUUUGACCAAGAGAAAACUUUUGCCUCUGUAACAUACUACAUGUAUUCAAAUAGGCUGUGAAACUCUUUGAAAGUGUGUGCUUAGUAAACUUUAUAAGACAAACUAGGCAUCAUCUUUUCUCAGUGAGUUUACCUAUAUCUUUGAAACCUUAUGUGGUGUGUAACUGUGGGACUCAGAAAUCAAAGUGUUGCUGCUGUCGUAAUUUAUUUCCUACUAAGCAUUUAUGUCAUUUACAGAAAACGUGAAGGUUUGCUUUGGAAACAUUUUCAUCAGAUUUCCCAAUGUGAAGACAAGAGAGAUGAUUCAAAGAGGUAGAAACUUCCAGCUGAUUGUGAUACUAACAUACUGACUUGAUUUUGUACUCUCCACUGACUUUAAAUACAUUUUUUAAAUACGUACUGCUUCUGAAUGUGAGAUCUUUCUGAACUAUUCCCAUCUUUGUCUCAUAUCUGUAGACCAAGAGCAGCUGGACAAGGAGAUUAACGACCUUCGCACUGGGCUGAGAGCAAAAGUCAAUCAUCUCAAUGAGAUCCAAGGUAAGAGAACCACUCCACAGUUCAACAGGCCAAAUUAGGGUGUAACACAUAUUCAAAGGGACAUGUACAUUAAAGCUGAUUUAUUUGCUUUCUUGCCAAAAAUAAGAUGAAAAGAUUGUAUGUGAAACCAAUCAUGGUAGGUCAUUGGCUUUAACUUAAUCAGAAAUACAUUUCAGACGGCACGCAAGGAGAUAGAUAAAAUGAUGUGGUUUCAUUGAGGUUACAGGAAAUAUCUGCUUUAUAGUAGCUCCCCAGUUGUCAUUUGAAGGUUUUCUGUCGAUCAACAAUCAUUCAUCCCAAAGGGGCAGACCAGAUGAAUAAUCCAUGUGGAAUUGAUGUAGUGUUAAAAUUUCUAUGUAGCGUGUUUUCAUCAGGGUUCUGAAUAGAAGUGUUUUCUGUGGUGUUGGCUCAGCUAUUUCUCUAAGUUAGACAAUUAAUCUUGUUUACUAUUUAACUUUUUUUUCUUGGGGCCUGUGAAACAAGUGAAGAAAAACAAGUAGAGAGCAACUGAAAUUUCUGAAAUGCCUUACAAAUAUCUUGUCUUAAAUGACAGACAGAUUCUGAGGGGUUGUUAAAUUCUGACUGAAUCCCAGUGGAUCAGCUUUUCGAAGAGGGAUUGGGAACAAGCCCAGUCUUCAUUCAGUGUGAUAACUAUAGAUGUGGAAGAAUAGACAGGGAGGGAAAACAUUUCAGUAAUUAUUCCCCUGGAAAAUCAAAAAGGGGAAAUCCUUAACACGUUUCUUAGAAAAAGGUUCCUUACUUAAAAAAUGCAGCACAAGAGUAAAUGUUUCAGCUGCUGCUAUUUUGUAAACGACCUUUUUCUGUGAUUAAAGGUGAUCUGUCACUUUAUGAAAUCCUCAGCCUGAAGCGAGCAUAAAGGUGACCACAACGUGUGUUUUUUUUUUUGUUUGUUUGUAGGAAAACCAGAGUUGCGAGGCUACAAUCUUUCCCCUCUGUCUUCUGAUGAACUCAAAUCUGUUAACAGACUUUUAAAGAGAUGACAUCACCUCUCCAAAUCUGAAUCUGAAUCUGUUCAAGGCCACCAGGACAAGAACAACAUGUUGAUAAAAUGCCAAAGACCUCAGUUGCAGCUCCCAAUCGUGCAGCUGGUACUGUGACUCGGCAAACUGGAUGAUCUGAAGUGACUUCUUCAUAACCUGCCAUCAGAGGACUUUUGAAUUUCUUAUCAAACAUUGUUUUGCUGUAGUGCUCCGACAUACAAAAGCCAAGUUAUGAUGAGAAAUGUGUUUUGGAAUUAGGUUGUUCGUCUUCUCACUUGUUCAAGCUACACUGCAUUGUUGUUCUGUAAGUUUACACUUCGGUCUGUCCACUUUCUUACUCCGAAACUGAAAUAAAAGCUGUGAAAUUAAAUCCCACAUUGUGUUAUUCUGAA